UCAAGAUGGCGGUGGCUCCUGACAGCAGAGUGCUCUCCUACAGUGUUUAUAAAUGGAGCUCGUACUCCUCUACAUAUUUACCCGAGAAUAUUUUAGUGGACAAACCUAAUGAUCAGUCUUCCAGGUGGUCAUCUGAGAGCAACUACCCUCCACAGUACUUAAUCUUAAAACUUGAGAGACCAGCUAUCGUUCUGAGCAUCACCUAUGGCAAAUAUGAAAAAACCCACGUGUGCAACCUGAAGAAGUUCAAGGUGUUUGGAGGCAUGAGCGAAGAAAACAUGACAGAACUCUUGUCCAGUGGCCUUAAGAAUGACUUCAACAAGGAGACAUUUACGCUAAAGCACAAGAUCGAUGAGCAGAUGUUCCCCUGCAGGUUCAUUAAAAUAGUGCCGCUGAUGUCGUGGGGGCCCAGUUUUAACUUUAGCAUCUGGUAUAUUGAGUUACAUGGGAUAGAGGAUCCAGACAUUGUCCAGCCCUGCCUUAACUGGUACAGUAAGUACCGUGAACAGGAGGCUAUCCGCCUGUGCCUGAAACACUUCCGGCAGCACAACUACACUGAAGCCUUCGAGUCCCUGCAGAAGAAAACGCGUAUCGCCCUGGAGCACCCCAUGCUGACACACCUCCAUGAACGACUGGUCCUCAGAGGAGACUUUGAUGCCUGUGAAGAGCUCAUUGACAAAGCCGUGAGAGAUGGUUUGUUUAAUCAGUAUAUCAGCCAGCAGGAUUAUAAGCCACGUUGGAGUCAGGUCAUCCCUAAAUGUAACAAAGGUGAUGGUGAUGAUAACAGGCCUGGCAUGAGAGGAGGUCAUCAAAUGGUCAUUGAUGUUCAGACAGAAACCGUGUAUCUUUUUGGAGGCUGGGAUGGAACGCAGGACUUGGCCGACUUCUGGGCCUACAGUGUGAAGGAGAACCAAUGGGCCUGUAUCUCCAGGGACACAGAGAAAGAGAAUGGACCCAGUGCUCGCUCAUGCCACAAGAUGUGCAUCGACUCUCAACGUAGGCAGAUCUACACUCUGGGCCGUUAUCUGGACUCCUCUGUCAGAAACAGCAAGUCCCUGAAGAGUGACUUCUAUUGCUAUGACAUUGACGCCAACACGUGGACUCUGCUCAGUGAGGACACGUCUGCCGAUGGGGGGCCCAAACUUGUGUUUGACCACCAGAUGUGCAUGGACUCCGAGAAGCACAUGAUAUACACUUUUGGCGGACGGAUUCUGACUUGUAACGGCAGUGUGGAUGACAGCAGGACGUCAGAACCUCAGUUCAGUGGGCUCUACGCAUAUCGCUGUCAAGUUGGCAGCUGGAGUCUGCUCAGAGAGGACUCGUGUAAUGCCGGGCCGGAGGACAUCCAGUCACGAAUUGGACACUGCAUGCUCUUCCACAUGAGAAAUCGCUGCCUGUAUGUUUUUGGAGGUCAGAGGUCCAAAACAUACUUGAAUGAUUUCUUCAGUUACGAUGUUGAUGGCAACCAUGUGGAGAUCAUCUCUGAUGGCACCAAGAAGGACUCCGGCAUGGUGCCAAUGACUGGUUUCACGCAGCGUGCCACCAUUGACCCGGAGCUGAAUGAGAUUCAUGUCCUGUCAGGACUCAGCAAAGAUAAAGACAAACGUGAGGAGAACGUACGCAACUCCUUCUGGAUCUACGACAUUGCACGCAACAACUGGUCGUGUGUUUAUAAGAAUGACCAGGCUGUGAAAGAGAACUCCACUAAGGCCCUGCAGGAAGAAGAGCCUUGCCCUCGUUUUGCACACCAGCUAGUCUAUGAUGAAUUGCACAAGGUGCAUUACCUGUUCGGUGGAAACCCUGGGAAGUCCAGCUCCCCUAAAAUGCGGCUGGACGAUUUCUGGUCUCUAAAGCUGUGCCGCCCUUCUAAAGAAUACCUGCUUCGACACUGCAAAUACCUCAUUCGCAAAUACAGGUUUGAGGAGAAAGCUCAGACAGAGCCCCUGAAUGCACUGAAGUAUCUACAGAAUGACCUGUCUCUUACUGUGGACCACACAGAUCCUGAUGAGACAAAAGAGUUCCAGCUCUUGCCCUCUGCUCUGUUCAAAUCAAGCUCAGACUUCAUUCCUUUAGGAUUUUCAGAUGUGGAUCAGACGUACGCCCAGCGCACACAGCUCUUCGACACACUUGUUAACUUCUUCCCUGACAAUAUGACCCCGCCCAAGGGUAACCUUGUUGACCUCAUCACCCUGUAGCCACGCCCACACAUAAUAAACCACACCCUCUGAAGCCUCUCAAACUUCUAUCACUCAAAAAUCUGAAUUAUUUUUCUACAUUUCCCAACAGAGGUGUGUCAUGCCCACCUGUUUUUCCUCUUCUACAGACCUAAUGCAACUUAUACAUCACUGAGACAUAUUUGCAAAAAUGCAAAAAUACACUUUUCUACUCUGAAGUGCUGGAUUUUGGUGUAAAAGUUGUUUCAGAGUGAAUAGAUGUUGAAAUCUUCAUAUCUGUCAAAAAUUCAGAUUUUUCAAGUCUAUUACAGUUUUAUAUUUUUUUUUCUGUGACAGUUUAAAAUAUAGCGCAGUCAUAAAUCUGACCAGUCUGCAUUGUAAAAAAGAGGUGGAUUUGAUUUAUGAACAAUUUUUGAUUAACAGGUUUUCUGUUCCACCUUCCUUUCUUAAUUAUUGUCAAACAAGUAUGCAUAAAGUGGUGGGAGUAGAGGCAAAGAUCAGGUGCCUCUAGAGUCAGUUUUCUGAUUCCAGAGGCUGUUAAUGGUGAUUUACAUUUUUGAUUUUUGUAUCAAAUGGGAACCGUUCUGACACAUUUGUCCAUUCUCUUCCAUCUAAACCUGAGUGCUGCUAUUGGAUGCUGUCAUUACAUCAUUGUCACUUUAAAAGUGAUUAGAUAUCGAAUUCCAUAAGUACAGGUUGUCAUUCACAAAUCUUACAAGGAAUAUAGAAACAUGUUUAAAGUAAAUGUGGAUUGUACACAUUUAGAUGCACAAGAAAUGUUUUCCACUUAGUGCAUGCGAGGCAAAUAUUGGUAGCACUUGGUCAGUUGCAGUUCUUUUCAUAUAAAAUCUAGAGUACUUCAAGAUCAUAUGCACUCAUUUAAGACAUUUUAUAAAAGUUUAUUACACUUGUAUAAGGAAGUAUUGAGAUAUUAUGUCCAACAUAGCACAAUCGGAAAAACCGAAAAAGCUGAUCAAAUUAUUCCAUUGAGUUAUUGAAGUUCCCUUGCCGCAUAGAUUGCUGAUUUUGUUUGAGUUUGUGUCCAUGUGUGGCUGCUUUUAUCUGAAAUAUAAUAUAGACCAGUUCAUACUGCUAUGUUAAAUAGACUGUUCAGCUUUCAAUGUGUAACUUUGUGUAGCCCCAUAGCUAUUUAUUAUUAAUAAUAUUACUAUUUAUUAUUAAUAAUAUUAUUAUAAUUUCUUUGUGAACUUGAGUGUGUGUGGCCCUCAUGUCUUGUAUUUUCAUCUAUGAUGCCAUAGAGACGUUUGUGUGCCCUUCAUUCCUUAUGAGCUUUAGAAUGUUUACAAUCCUAGAUAGACAAAAUCAUGUUGGCGGGUAGUCUUCCACAUGGUUAAAUGUGUAAGUGAGCUUGUGCAUAUAUAUAUGUCGACUGGUUUGAAGUUCCGAUAAAGCCCAUAAAACCUGCGCUCCAUUUGUUUGUCACAUUAGUUUGACAAUAGUUUUGUAUUGUCUCCCUUUGCACAUGAGGAUGAAGUGUUUGCCUCCACUCUUAAGGAAAAUCUUCUAGUAGUUUGUUUUAAAUUUGCUGUGGUCUUGGCCUAACUCAUGCAACACCAAAGGCUUAAGAAACCAUGAGACAGUACACUAUGCCUCACUCUGCUUAUAGUGUUUCCCAACCUCCCUAAGUGUCAUAUUUCAGUCCCAUGAACUCCAUAUUAACUUUUGUUUUGGUUCUGUGCAUUAUGAUGUAUAUCUAUAUAGAUAUACUUAAAGGGGUAAUUCACCAAAAAUACAAAUCCUGUCAUGAUUUACUCAAUCUUGAGUUCUAAACCCAUAUUGCAUGCUUUCAUCUGAGGAACACAAAAGGGAAUUUAAAAAAAAUAAAAAAUAAUUCUGUGCAAUGAAAGUGAAUGGUGGCUGAGGCUGUCAUUCAACCUAAAAUCUCUUUUUGUGUUCCAUGGAAGAAACAAAGUCAUACGGGUUUGGAACAACAUGAUGGUUUGUAAAUAAUGACAGAAUUUUCAUUUUUGGGUGAACUAUCAUUUGGACUCACCAGAGAGAAAAAAAAUGGACAUCUCCAUGAUUAGCCCAUUUGUGAUUUGUAAGAUUUAUCGCUAUUGAUUUCUUUCCUGGAAUGGAAAUGAUUUGCGUGUUCAUGAUUUGGGUUUCUGGGCUAUUUUUGCCUUUUGUAGUUAGAAUUGUCUUUGUGCCAGGAAGGAAGUAAAAAAAAAAAGAAAUGAAAUUGAGGAUACCAAGAGGAUCAACACUUAUAACCGGAGAAUUAUCUCGCACUCAAUGCCAAAUACAUUUUCUUGCUAUUAGUGUACAUUUCAGAGAUGAAAUUACAGGUUCUCUUUUCGUCUCUCCUGGAAAUUGGCAUGUCCCCUCAGCUCUUGAGCAAGGACAGCGAGAUUUAAACACUACACUGUGGCUCAUGAAUGUGUAGAACCUAUUAAAGAAAUGCAUUGUAUGUAAUGUAUAUAAAGAAUAAAGAUUGUAUUUUGUUCAGGUUUUCUUAAA